AUGGAGACGGUGCUUGCCUACCUGCUGCUGACGGCAGUGCUCCUAUUGGUGCGUAGUGGCAGCGCAGCCCAUGGCAACCGGGAGCCUCUGGUGUGUCCUAAACGGUGCGUUUGUCAGGUGCUCAACCCCAACCUGGCAACGCUCUGCGACAAGAAGGGCCUCCUGUUCGUGCCUCCCAGCAUCGCUCGGCGCACGGUGGAACUGCGUCUGGGCGAUAACUUCAUCACCGGGAUACGCAGACGAGACUUCGCCAACAUGACCAAGCUCGUCGACCUCACGCUAUCGCGCAACACCAUCGGCUCUAUAGCGCCACACGCCUUCCGGGACCUGGAGAACCUGCGAGCGCUGCACCUGGACAGUAACCGGCUCACGCGCAUCACCAACGAAACCUUCAGCGGCAUGGUCAAACUACACCACCUCAUCCUCAACAACAACCAGCUGACCAACAUACACAUACAGGCGUUUAAUGACCUCCUUGCCCUUGAGGAAUUGGACUUGUCCUAUAAUAACCUUGAGAGUGUCCCCUGGGUGGCCGUCCAGCGCAUGAUCAGUCUGCACACGCUCAGUCUGGACCACAACAUGAUCUCACUCAUCCCUGAGGGCACCUUCACCAGCCUGGGUAAGUUGAAGCGUCUGGACGUGACGUCCAAUAAGCUCCAGAAGCUUCCUCCGGACCCAGUGUUCCAGCGGGCGGGGGUGCUGGCCACGUCGGGCAUCUUAGGCCCCACCAACUUCGCGCUCAGCUUCGGCGGCAACCCGCUGCGCUGCAACUGCGAGUUGCUAUGGCUACGGCGGCUGCAGCGGGAGGACGACCUGGAGACGUGUGCCGCACCCACACACCUGGCCGGCAGGUACUUCUGGACGGUGUCUGAGGAGGAGUUUCUGUGUGAGCCCCCUCUCAUCACGCGUCACUCCCCGCCUGCGCGUGCUCUGGAGGGCCAGCGGGUGGCACUGCGCUGUAAAGCUCGCGGCGACCCGGAGCCCGUCAUACACUGGAUCGCACCCGAUGGACGCCUGGUGGCCAACUCAUCACGCACCGCGGUACUCGCCGACGGGACCCUCGACAUUCUCAUCAGCACCGUCAAGGACUCAGGUGCGUUUACCUGCGUGGCGACCAACCCGUCAGGUGACGCCCAGCAGAAUGUGGAGCUUCACAUCUCCCAGCUGCCGCACAUCGCCAACGACACCACGCUGCUCCUCGAACCCGACCCCGGCUCCUCCAUCAUUGCCACGGCCACGCGCAACGAGGCGGCCAAUGGGGCGACAGGGAGCGGGGCAGGGGGCGGGGCCAAAGGCAGUGCAGAGAAACGAGUGGUCAUCGCCGAGGCAACGUCAUCGUCAGCUCUCGUCAAGUUCAACUUCCAACGCAGCAUCCCGGGAAUACGCAUGUUCCAGAUACAAUACAACGGCACAUAUGACGACUCACUCGUAUACAGGAUGAUCCCUCCCACCAGUAAGAGCAUCCUCGUCAGCAACCUGGCGGCCGGCACCACCUACGACCUGUGUGUGCUGGCCAUCUACGACGACGCGGUGACCUCGCUGACGGCGACGCGCGUGAUUGGCUGCCUGCGCUUCACCACGGAGCCGCAGCACAUGCGCUGCCACUUCAUGCAGAGCCAGUUCCUGGGCGGCACCAUCGUCGUGGUGAUCGGCGGCGUCAUCGUGGCCUCCGUGCUCUCCUUCAUCGUCUUCCUCAUCGUGCGGUACCGCGUCUGCCACCAGGGCGGCGACAUAGACAAGCGCGGCCUGGAGAUGAACGUGAUUGGCCCGGCCGCCGCCGCGGGAGGCGGGCUCAUGAAGUCCCUCUCCAAGCAGCUGGUAGGUGGGGAUGUGAACGGGAGCGGGAAGGGUCGUAAGAUCUCCCCGGAGAGUGGGGGUGCGCGGCCCGCCAAGGGUCCGAAGCCCGACUGCACGGUCACGUCAGCGUCCGCGGCGAACCACAGCUGGCACCCCGCCUCCCCCUCCCCGAUGCGUUCCCGCGGCAACCCCCCUAAAGCCCCGCCACCCUCCUGCUCCUCCUCUUCCUCUUCCUCCUCGACCGGCGGAGGCCCCGCCUACCGGCAGACCGACGCCCAGAUCGCCGCGGAGGUGGACAACGUCAACAGGAACAACUCUGCCGGCCUGGGCGCCACUGGGCAGCGUGGGGUCAACCCUGGUUUAGGGGUGGGGUUGGGGCUGGGGGGCCGGCCUCUGUCUCUCGUAGCCCCUCCCACGUUGCCGCGGCGACCCAACCCCGAGGCGUUGCUAAGCUACCAGACUCUGCCGGCGGGCUGCGUGCGCGUCACUGGCCAUCGGCGGCGGCACUCCCUGCACGUGGACGCCUGUCAGGCGGGAGGGGUGCGCUACACGGCGCUGCCACACUCCCCCCACACGCCAGGGGGCGCCAGCGGCUACGGCAGCCUGCGCUCCAAGCGCUCGCUCUCCAUGAGCGGAGACCUGCCACACAUCGACAGCACCGAGCAGCUGCUAGGCAACCGCGAAGGCCUGUCGCGCUCAGAGUGGCUCCUGGAGAGCACCCUCUGA